CCCGUUGGCAGCGGUUCGUUCCUAACGGCUCGCUGCCGUGUCGCCGGAGGCGUUUCGCGUAGCUUAUUGGCCCCGAAAUACUCGGUUCUCGUGGCAUCGGAUAUAUCCGCGCAGGAUCUGCCGUUCCUAAAGCAAAUUCCUUUCUCACCAGCAGGCUCUGGUCUCCUUGGAGCCCUUCUGCAGCAGUUGGGGUCUCCCAUCUGUCACCCUCGGCCAGGUCGUGCUGCAGCGGCUCUGCUCCCUCCUGUCCUUUGCCUCAUGCCGCCAUGAAAGUGCUCCUUCUUCUCCUCAUUCAGCUGCUUGGCUGUUGCCUCCGAGGCUUUUGGACCUCCUCUCCCCGUCUCCAGCCAGCACCACUGCUGGUCACCUGCUGGGGCCCUCAUGGGCAAGUCUCCCAGCGCCAGGACAACGAGCACCGGGUCUCGUGCCUGUGGGACAGCACUGUGAUCCUGCGCUACCAGCCCACCCCAGGAGCAAGGCGAGAGGCGGUGAGGAAAAAGGGGUGGCCACCACCCCCACCACGCUGCUUCUGGUACCUGAACUCGGCCUGGGUGAAGAACACCUCAUACUGGUCAGGCCAAGUCACGCUGCAGAUGAGUGCUCCUCCACCUGUUUCCUCCAGCCUCCUUAAAGUGCAGUGCUCAUCUGCUUGGUGCACUGUGCCCCAGUGCCUUCACCGCAACGUGAGCAUCGAGGUGUCUGAGCAGGACAUGCGGCUGUUCGUGCUUUGGCCAGGGACACGCCUGAUCCACGUGUGGCAGCCAGUAGAGCUGGGUUGGUGUGCACGCCUCAGGAGUGCCAGCUGGCAGUAUCGCUUCAGCAGCCAGAGAGGCAGCCCCUCUACCCUCCUCCUUCCCAGCAGUGAGCACGAAGACACGCCACCACCUACUGUCUACCCAACAGCUGAGCUGCAACAGAUCUGUGCUACCUACUACAACUACCACUUGACUGUGCGCUACAGGCAUCACGGGCUCCACAUUGCUUCAGUCAGCAUCGAGCAGAUGCCUCAGAUGAGCCUCAGACUGUCUCUCAAGGUAGAGCCUAACUUGCUGCAUGUCCUCAGUGUCAGCUCCAAGCUCCUUAGUGUUCUUCAGCAGCCCCUCAGCCUCUCCUGGAAGCUUCAGCCCCUUACCCCAGGGACACUGGCCUACAGACUGGUGGACACACAGGCUAUAGGAGGUUGGCUCCAUUCCUACAGUUCCUUUACUCUGCAGAGCAACUUCUGUGCUGUUCCCACACCUCAGAGCCCACGUGAGAUGGUGGUUGCCAGCAUUUAUUUUCAUGUUGAUGGAAAGAAGUUUGAGGAAUCGAUGGGAGAACUAUAUCUACACAAUGGUACCUUGAGCCUAACGGCAGGCAGAGGAACUCCCACCCAUGUCGACCUUCACCCAGGGAAAACCAACAGGAGCACUUACAUUUUCAGGUACAACCACGGAACAUUUCACACAACCAAAAAAACCAGAAGCCCUAUUUCCACAGAUGGCCCUAACACACGCACUGUGUUCUACCAACACAAGGAGCUCUCGUACCUGUUCUCCAUAGAGUUUGUGGCCUUCCAGUGGUACAAGUUCAAUAUGUACCUCUAUAUGAAUCAGAACAGGGCUUUGUUUAGGUCUCUGACAGAAAGAGACCUUGAAGUCCACGUUUUCAGCAGCAACCAUCCUUUUCUGCAGAGCUUUACUUACUUAGUGUGGUUUAUCCCUGCACAACACCCAAUGCUUCAGUGCGAGUGGACCUUCCAUGUGCAGCUUUUUGGAAAACAAAAAGACCACCUUCUCCAGAACAGCACGUACACAUACAGCGAUCACGUAAGAAAUGCUACACGUUUUGUCCGUCACUCUGCUUUACCCUUUGAUCCAGAGAAAUACACAGGGUUUGUGGCAAAACUGGAUUGUAGCAGAAGUGCACUUACACCAGCUCUUUUAAGAGUCAGAGUCAACAACUAUGCUGCAAAAACCAUAGAAGCACCAGUGGCUUGCCUGCAAGCACCCUGUUACAUACAAGAUGUACGCAUUCGGAGACCUGUUUUUCACAGCAAUAUCUUGCACCAGAAAAGGGGGAUGCCUCUUAAUCUCUAUGCCAGGGUGGUAAUAGACUGCAUAAUUGCUGUACAGGUCAGGCCCUGUUGGCGAAUCUAUCGUGUUAAUGACACAAAAACUAUGCCGAACUGGUCAAACCCAAUGAACCUUUCUUGGCUGCAUGGUAUAAAUAUGGUAGCCAUAACUAUUCCGAGUUAUACUUUGGACUAUGGGUUGUAUCUCUUUCAUUUCACUGUUGAGAUGAACCCGUUGCAGACUGACAUAUUUGUCAACAGCACAGAUAAAAUUUAUGUUCAGAUUGAGAGUGGUGAUCUAGUGGCAAAUAUUGCAGGAGGCACAUUCCGCACAGUGGGUUUUUCUGAUAGUUGGACUCUUGAUGGCUCCGCAUCCUAUGAUCCUGAUUCUCAGGAACAACUAAAGGGAAUCACAUUUACUUGGUACUGCACUAAAGAGAUGUCAGACUAUAAAACCAUGACAAUCAGCCCAGGAAAGAAAUGCCAUCCAAACCAGAGAAAUUUGAAAUGGUUAACAUUCUCAGGUCCAGUUCAAGCAAUGCCACCAGAAUCCCUCCCAGGAAAUACCAUAUACUACUUUCGUCUAGUGAUUCAAAAGGAUAAAAGGACGAGUUAUGCUGACCAAACUGUAGUUGUGCAGCCCAGCUCCACGCUCUCUGUGCAUGUGACAUGCAUUGAAAACUGUGGUAGCAUUCUAAUUCCAACAGAGAGAUUUAGCUUGUCUGGAAAAUGUGAAAACUGUAGAACAGACAGACAGCCAUUCUACUACUGGUCCCUUUUUUCAGAAAACUCUACAGAAAUUAACUUUGACUGGUCUUCCAGAACCUCAACAGGGAGGUUUGGGCCUUACCUGUCUAUACAUGCUCUGACUUUUACAAAGACUAAACUUCAAUCCUACAUACUUGUGUUGAAAAUAACUACCUGGGAUGGUAGGACCUCAGUCCACAGCCACGCAUUUAAGGUAAAUCCUCCUCCUAGAACUGGCAAAUGUAUCAUCAACCCACACAAAGGUACAGCCUUUCUGACAAGAUUUGUUGUUCAAUGCAGGGGAUUUUUUGACAGCCAUUCACCUCUGACAUAUAAAGUGAUAGUAGCUUCCGAUGUAUCCAAAACUACCAAAAUAACUUCUGUGGAAGAAAAUACAUUUGGCACAAUUCUGUACUUUGGUUAUCAGCCUAAAACUCCUCCAUCUUUUCUCCCAGUUGGAGUGCCCUCUCAGAAGUACACCUUGACACUUUACGUUCAAGUCCACAAUUCCAUUGGGGCAUUUACCCAAGUGAGUUUAUCUGUCCGCGUAGAGAACCCAAUUAACAGUCGACCACUACCUGUUGUGUUUCAUGAACUUCUGGCCUCAGUGAGUGGCUCAAGUGCACCCAUGACAUCUUAUCUCCAGACUGGAGAUUAUUUUAGGAUUGGUUAUUUGUCUUAUCUGGCAGCCUCAGUCUUGAACUAUAUUAAAGCCACACCAACUCUCCAGGUCUCCAAGGUUCAGUUUCGGGAAAGCCUGAUUAAAGCAGCCCUUAAUAUUUCACUUGACAAUGCAAUGGAAAUCAACCAAGUAGUUGCUUCGCUUUCUCAAGUCACAGAAGAAGCUGAUGAAAUUAACAUUAGAUCACAAGACCUUGCCAUUAAGAAACUGGUAGAAGUUACGGAAGUGCUGAAGACACAGAGGAAUAAGACCCGUUGGUCUGAGGACGCAGAAAUUCAGACCAGUGGAAUAGCAAGAUGCUUGUCCAACAUCCUGAAAGCUGCUCUUCUGCAUCGCAAGAAUGUCAAUGUAAAUGGAGUUAAACAAGUCAUCUCCAUCAUGGAAAAUCUAACGGAGAUAGUCUUCCAGGGCAAGGUCCCUGGAGAAACAGAAACGCUAAUAGAAACAAAACACUGGAAAAUCACUUUGACAAAAGAAGAAACCUGGAACAUUGCAAAUGCUUCUUUUGCCAGAAACACCUGCAGGAAUUGCUUUCAUCCAUUACUGAAAAAGGGAAAUUAUUCAAGAUCAACCCAAGAUGUUGUCAUGUCCACUGCUGUUUUUGAGUUUGAGGAGAACCCCUUCCCUUGGUUAGGUUACACAUCAGAAAUCACAACAAUGGUCUUGGGGUUCAAAAUGGCAGAGACCAAGGCUAGUGGGGAACUACUAACGUUCAUGCCUGAAAGAGCAGAAAUUACUAUUGCUAGGAAAGAUCAAGAAUCUUCAACUUUUCGAUUAGCAAUGGGACCUGAUAAAACGCAAUCUUACACAACUGGAGGAUUUACUCUCGAAGUGAACAAGAAUACCAAGACCGUGUACAUGCAGAUCUUGACAAAAUUAAAAGUUACUUUCAAGGUGCUAGUAUUUACAGGCACCAACAUCACUUAUGCUCAACCCAUAGCCUCAUUUGAUGCUUUUCACAACAAGUCAACAGUUGCAAGCGAAAAUGAGACAUAUAGUGCUGACUGUAAGAUUAAGACUCCCUAUAUUAUCUGUCUCCCAGAGUCACUGGUGACAGCCACAGCUCAAGGAAACGGUACAGACACUCAGAACUUCUCCAUUGUCUUGCAGAUACCCUAUGUCGUGAGGUAUCAAACCCAGAGACUGGUGAGCAUAUAUGUAUUUAGUGAUCAGUGCUUAUUUCUGGAUGGGUUUCGAAGUCUGUGGAGGGAAGACACGUGCAGGCUUGGCUCCUUGACCGACUUCCACAGGGUACAGUGUAUCUGCAAUCUAAAGCGCAGAGGCAGAAGCCAGCUAGUCCACACUGAGUCAGAUGAAGACACGUAUGACAUAAGGUUCCUGGCAGCCAAAGUAAUAGUUACCCCCAACACAGUAGAUCUGGGAAAAACCCUGAUAGCAGACAUACCUAAAAACCCAGUGACCCUCUUAACAGUGCUCUUUAUUUUUCUGGUCUACAUUAUUUUGUCCCUCUGGGCCAUGAGAAAAGACAGGACUGACAGGGACAGUAAAGACAAGAUUAUAGUCCUGCCAGACAAUGAUCCCUUUGAUAAAGUGGGCUUUUUGGUCACUUUAUACACAGGCAGUCGCUGGGGAGCUGGAACCAGAGCAGAUGUCUUUCUUCAGCUCAUUGGCAAGAAUGGUACAAGUGAUGUCCAUCAUUUACGGCACCCACACUUUCUGUGUUUCCAACAAGGAAGCACUGACUGCUUUCUGUUAACUACCAAGAAAGAGUUGGGAGACCUUUGUUCACUCAGGGUCUGGCACAAUAACAAGGGCCCAAACCCAGGCUGGUUCUUAAGCAGAGCCAAAGUUGAGAAUGCGUCAACCAGGAAGACCUGGUUCUUUUUGUGCAGGAAAUGGCUUUCUCUUGACAAGAGCGAUCAUGUAAUAGAAAGGACAUUUUCUGUCACAAACCCCAAGACACCUCUGUCCAGAAUCGACUAUUUUUGCAUUAAUUUUGCCAACAGCCUAGCAGAGGGCCAUCUGUGGUACUCGGUUUUUGCUUAUGUUCUCAGUGGCACUUUCACCAGGCUACAAAGGUUGUCAUCUUGUUUAGCAAUAUUAUUAUUAAACUUGCUUGUUAACAUUAUGUUCUUUAAUGCUGACAAGGAUGAAGAAUCUCCAGUACACUUGAGGUAUCUGAGAUCAAUAACAGUAGGAAUUCAAUGUGCUUUGCUUACCGUACCUGUGGAAAUGAUGAUAAUUGCCUUAUUUAAGAAUUCUCCUCGUUCUGUGGCUCAGACAGACCCAAAGGCAAGUUCACCCCUCCUGUAUGGGAAUCUUAGGAACUGGAAGGAACGUUUGCAAAAAUUGUACCGUUCAGAAACUUCAGCACAAUCAAGGAAUAUGAGUCCCUUGGAGAACCUUCCUUGUCCCACCAUCUCAAAGAAUCCGCCAGGUUCCAGGGAGACAAGAAGCAAGGGAGGUCCCCAAAACUGCACAGUUUCUGAAAGAGAUGCAAAUGUUAUUGGAACAGAGGAGCAGAAGAUAACUGCGAAUUCCCCCGCAAUGGAUAAGGCCUGCCAGAAAAGGCCAUCAUCAAAUUCCACUGUUAGUGAUUACACAGAAGAAGGGGACAACUUUCAGAAGGAAAGAAACCCAUUAAGCAUGCUCCUUCACAAGACUCAGCACAUAGUUUUUUGUUGGUGGUGCGUCUAUCUCUCGUGGGCACUGAUUAUAGCUGUAACUGGGGUGUCAUCAUUUUUCAUUGUGUUAUAUGGUUUGUCUUAUGGCUAUCAGACUUCAAUGGAGUGGCUUUUAGCAUCUCUAAUCUCCUUUAUUGAGAAUGUGUUUUUCAUUUCAGUUAUAAAAAUCAGUUUUUUCUCAGCUUUGAGUACAAUUCGCCCAAAAACCUGUGAAAACAUCACAUGGUUAACUCAGGAAAAGUAUCUUGAGAUUAAGUUGGCUAGACACCUUAUGAGUGCUGAUGAGAUGAGACAAAUGCACUUGAAACUUGAUAAAGUCAGAGGCUCUAAGCAUUAUAAGCCUUUACAAGCUGAUGAAAUUGCAAACAUGCUGAAAAAGGCAAAAAUUAAAAUCAAGGCAUUUAUUUUCACAAAAGAUUUCAUCAAUCACCUUGUCUUUUUAACACUGCUAUUAAUUUUUGCCUAUCCCAUUGACAACACCAACUGUUUUCACUACACCCAAUUCAUCCGUAGCCAAUUCUCUCCACAACUCUCCACUGUAGAUAAGCUAGAACAGAUCUAUGUGUGGGUGAAAGACUCAUUCUUGCCUUUGAUCCACAAUGACGUUCAGCCAACCUUUCUUCCCGAGAGCUGGUCCAAAAUCAUUGGUUUACCCAGGAUGAGGCAAGUGCGGGCUAAAGGUACUAAGAAAAAAUGUUUCCAUCCUCACAGCUUUGUAAAUAACUUUGUGAUCAGUAAAAGCCACUGUCUUCACAAAUACGGUAGGGACGUCACCGACAAAAGUAACUAUGCUGGCACUUGGACAAAGGUUACCAACCAGACUGUUUCCAAGGAUGCCAGCGGUUACGAUGGGUUCAUUUACCAGCAGAGCAAGACUGUAUGGACGUAUUAUUCCUAUGGACAUUUGCACAUAUAUGGACCAACAGGAUACACAUUUUACUUUUUUCCUGAAGAAGGAAGAGCUAAUUCAACGACCAGGCUGGAUGGCCUACAACAGAGCAACUGGCUUGAUGAAAAGACAUGGGCUGUGAUUGUUGAACUAACUACAUUUAACCCAGAUGUAGAUCUCUUUUGCACCAUCUCGGUCAUAUUUGAAAUGUCUCAUUUUGGGAUCAUAAAACCAAGUUUGUCAGUACACUCUUUUGCAAUCCCCAUUUAUCAUCAGCUAACUGUAGGUCCAAAGUUUGUGUUUGCAAUUUUGCUUACCUUUCUGAUCGUUUACGUUGCAGAUGAGCUUUACACGAUAGGCCGAGAAAAAAAACAUUAUCUUAAAACCAUUUCCAAUAUAAUCAACUUUGGCUUAAAAUCAGCAUUCUUGCUCUUUAUUUUAUUAAAGAUCAUAAAGUUUAAGGCGGGAGCAGAUGUAGUAAGGUUUUACUUAGCUCAUCCAUAUGAUUUUGCUCAUUUUCAUUCAAUUUCUCUUUUAGAUCAGAUUUUAAGGAUUACUAUGGGCUUUUUAACGUUUUUUGCAGUUUUGAAAACUCUAAAAUAUUCUCGAGUCUUUUAUGACGUGCGCCUGGCAGAAAGAUCAAUCUUGGCAGCCCUUCCCGGAAUCUCCUCAAUGGCCCUCGUGGUGGCAGUGUUCUUCUUUAUAUUUAUGGCUUUUGGCUACCUUGUGUUUGGGCAGCAUGAAAGGAAUUACAGUAACAUGAUUCACUCAGCUCAGACUGUAGUCUCUUACUGUGUCUCAGCAUUCAAAGAGACCUCAUUUUCAUCCAACAGGUUGCUGGGGGCUUUCUUCCUAGCCUCUUUCAUGUUGGUGAUGAUCUGUGUCUUGAUCAAUCUCUUCCAAGCUCUUAUUAUGUCUGCCUAUGGAGAUAUGAAACAACCUGUAUAUGAAGAACCAUCUCAUGAAGCACAAGCGGUUACUUUUAUAUUGCAAAAGCUCAGAAAGAUACUUUAUCUUUUGAUCUGUAAAACAUCCAAACCCCGUGAACCCGAUUUUUUUCACAGUGUACUACUCUAUGGGCAGCCUCGCAGAAAACAUCAGCGACAUUUAGGGCUCAAGAACAGAGAAAUAAAUGGAAAAAAAAUGGUUUAUCUUGUAAUUUAAGCACAGAAAGACCUUGUAUUCAAGACCGUCUUUACUCUUUAAUACUUGCAUUUCAAAUAAAUGUUCAUAAAUAAACUAUUUACUUUUAAGAUUCAA